ACUAGCUCCGAAAUAGAAUCACGCAACUCUAGAGAAUACAUAAAAGAAAAAUUAGUAAACAACAUUUAUUGGAGGGAAAUAAUAUUCUAUCCGCAGCGGCUGUCAAAAUGAGCGUCGAGGAUGAAGUGUUUCGAAUUCAGAAAAAAAUUGGCAAAAUAUCGACGUCCAGCGAUGGCGCAGGCCAGGACCAGGCACUGGAUCUCUUGAAGGCGCUGCAGACACUCAAUAUCAAUCUGGAGAUAUUGACAAAGACGCGCAUCGGCAUGACGGUGAACGAGCUGCGCAAGAGCAGCAAGGACGACGAGGUGAUUGCGCUGGCCAAGACGCUGAUCAAGAAUUGGAAACGUUUUCUAGCCAGCCCGGCGCCGCCCGGCACGCCCAAGGAGAGCGCCGCCAGCAAGGAUAGCAGCAAUAGCAAUAGCGGCUCCAGCGCAACAAAAUCCUCGAGUGCCAGCAAGUCGAAUUCAUCGAGUGGCAAGGACAAAUCGAGCAGCAGCAGCAGCAACUCCACAAAGGAUAAGCGCGAGGAGAAGAAGCCCGCCGCGGCACAAACAUCAUUUCCAGCGGGCGGCAUGACGGACGCCGUGCGGCUCAAGUGCCGCGAGAUGCUGGCGAAUGCAUUAAAAAUUGGCGAAGUGCCGGACGGUUGUGCCGAGCCUGAAGAGAUGGCCGCCGAGCUGGAGGAGGCCAUCUACAUGGAGUUCAAGAACACCGAUAUGAAGUACAAGAAUCGCAUACGAUCGCGUGUCGCCAAUCUGAAGGAUCCAAAGAAUCCCGGCUUGCGCAGCAAUUUCAUGUGCGGCGCCGUCUCGGCCAAGCAAUUGGCCAAAAUGACGCCCGAGGAAAUGGCCAGCGAUGAGAUGAAGAAGCUGCGCGAAAAGUUCGUCAAGGAGGCAAUCAACGAUGCCCAAUUGGCCACCGUUCAGGGCACCAAAACCGAUCUGCUCAAGUGCGGCAAAUGCAAAAAGCGCAACUGCACCUACAAUCAGCUACAGACACGCUCUGCGGACGAGCCGAUGACCACGUUUGUCAUGUGCAACGAGUGCGGCAAUCGUUGGAAGUUCUGCUAAGCUCGAGUCCGAGUCCCAGUCCUUCAAUUCAUUUACACCAAAUUCUUACAAGCACACACCCCCCCCCCCCC